GGAAGAUGUCACCUCCUCUGCAGGUGAGUCCUUAUCCUCCAGGCCCACUUGGAACCUGCCCUUGCUCCCUACUCACACUUCUGUUGAAGACAGGCAGCCGGGGUUCAGGAAGCACAGACUACAUGGAAGCUGGUUGAGCCACCCUCUCUGAAGAAAGUGUAUGUCCGUAGGACAAAGGCUUCCCUGCACCCCUGCUGCAGUGAGGAUCCACACACGCUGUCAUAAGGCACAGAGCACACACGAGCCUCCUGAGGUCCCCUCUUCCCCAAGCAGAGGUGUCUUGAGUCCCCUCACCUCACAGAAGGCUGGCUGUCUUUGUGCCAUGCCCACAAGGCCUGCCCAGGAGGUCUGGUGGCACAGGCUGAGCUGAAGAUAGUUAGGCUGCUCCCUGGCCCAGCUCUGUAUCCGGCCUGCCCUCCUCGUCCCCCGCCUCUGAUGGACCCACUGUUGCAGGCGCUCCAUGAAGUAUACACUAUGCAGCGACAACCACGGUAUCAAGCCCCCGACCCCAGAGCAGUACCUGACUCCACUGCAGCAGAAGGAAGUCUGCAUCCGGCAUCUGAAGGCCCGGCUCAAGGACACACAGGACCGGCUCCAGGACCGGGACACGGAGAUUGAUGACCUGAAGACGCAGCUGUCCCGCAUGCAGGAGGACUGGAUUGAGGAGGAGUGUCACCGAGUGGAAGCCCAGCUGGCUCUGAAGGAGGCCCGCAAGGAGAUCAGGCAGCUGAAGCAGGUCAUCGACACUGUCAAGAACAACCUGAUUGACAAGGACAAGGGGCUGCAGAAGUACUUCGUGGACAUCAAUAUCCAGAACAAGAAGCUGGAGACGCUGCUGCACAGCAUGGAGGUUGCCCAGAAUGGAGUAGCCAAGGAGGAAGGAACUGGGGAGUCGGCCGGCGGGUCCCCUGCACGCUCCCUCACCCGCAGCUCCACCUACACCAAGCUGAGUGACCCAGCUGUCUGUGGUGACCGCCAGCCAGGGGAUCCCUCCAGCGCCUCUGCUGAGGAUGGAGCCGACAGUGGAUUCGUGGCCGCUGACGACACACUGAGUCGGACGGACGCCCUGGAGGCCAGUAGCCUGCUGUCAUCCGGAGUGGACUGUGGCCUCGAGGAAGCCUCACUGCACAGCUCCUUCAAUCUGGGCCCCCGCUUCCCUGCCAGCAACACCUACGAGAAGCUGCUGUGCGGCAUGGAGGCUGGCGUGCAAGCCAGCUGCAUGCAGGAGCGGGCCAUCCAGACAGACUUCGUGCAGUACCAGCCUGACCUGGACACCAUCCUGGAGAAAGUAGGCCAGGCUCAGGUGUGUGGGACAGUCCCCAAGGACAGGCACUCAGAGCUGGACCCCUACCCCUCAGGGCCCAGAGACCCCAACUCAGCAGUGGUGGUGACAGUGGGUGAUGAACCUGAGGCCCCAGAGCCCAUCACCUGUGGGCCAGCUACACACCGGCCUGCGGCCAACUCCAACCCGGGACUGCCAGUGAGUGUGGUGUGUCCUGUGGAAGAGGAGGAGGAGGCAGCUGCCACCGAAAAGGAACCCAAGAGUUACUGGAGCCGCCACUACAUUGUGGAUCUGCUGGCUGUGGUAGUGCCCGCUGUGCCAACAGUGGCCUGGCUCUGCCGCUCCCAGCGGCGCCAGGGCCAGCCCAUUUACAACAUCAGCUCCCUGCUGCGGGGCUGCUGCACAGUGGCCUUGCACUCCAUCCGUAGGAUCAGCUGCCGCUCGCUGAGCCAGCCCAGCUCCAGCUCAGCAGGCGGCUCCCAGCUCUGAGGAGGCUGCCAGCUCUCCACUUUUGGCAGCCCGACCACUGAUUGUAGGAUGCCAUUUGCUGCCCCCCUCAGAUCCCCAUGGGCAUCCUCUUACUUACUUUCAGGUCUGGAAUAGUGCCCCCACCCCAGAUGUUAAUAGUGUCAGGGAUUCAGAAAGGCAUCCCAAAGCUUCAAGAGAAAAGGUAAAGGUGGCCAGUUGAAGAGGGAGAAACUGGGAAGAGCUCCCCUCUGGCCCCUCUGGCCGCCGGGACUUCAGACAAGGCAGGCCCUGCUUGCUCAGAGAGUCUCCGGGCUGUGUUGAUCUGGGGAUCCUCCUUUUCCUUGCAUCCUUUCCAGCACCCAGUCCACCUCCAUGUCUUCUCUCCCACGCCACCCCUUGUGCCCUCCUCAGGCUCCUGGACCAGUAUUACCUCCUCAAAUGGAGGCAGCCAGGACCCCAAAUGCAGAGAAGCACUCCAAGCAGGGUCUGGCUGCCCGGGUCCCACUGAAGCUCCAGGCCUCUCCUCCUCCCUUGCCCUGGGAUGCAAAGUGUGAUUCAGCUGGCAUGACCAGCUCAGGCAGGAGGGGCAGAGGGCAGGGUAGGUUCUUUGUCUGUCUGUCUGUCCUCCAGGCCUCCCCCACAGUCUGUUUUCCUUUUGGCUUCUGGGUGUGUUAGAUCUUCAUGAGCUGUCCAGUGCCCAUCACCACUCCUGACACACUAAUCAUGGGAUUGGGAGGGAGCGCCAGUACAGAGAAGGCCAGGCCAGCAGCUCUGGGAGAGCCCUUUGCCUCCUGAGAUGAGUCCAUCUCAUCUGUAGCCUAGAGGUGCCUCAGCGAGUUGGGAAGGUCAGAGGCCACUUGCCCCAGGCCCUUCGUCCUCAGACCCUGCCUAUGUUUGCUCUUGGUUCCCUUAGGGUCUUGGUUUCCUGCCCAUCCCAGAACCCCCAGGCUGCUUGCUCUCUGGGAUGAGGACUUCUGAAUCUCUGACCCAGCUGUCUCCAGAGGAAGGUGGCCAUCUGGAGGAAUCUCCAGAUAGGGUUCUGAAGCCACAGUAUCUGCCUAUCCAUGCCAAAGCAGGGUCCCCUGAAUGUGCUUCCUAAUCAGGGGCAUGGCCAGGCGGUGGGAGCCUGCCUGGGCUGCUCCUGGUCCAGUCAGCCUGGGAAGAUGCCCUGAUCCUCACCUCCCUCUUCCCAGAGAGGUCAUACCUACCUGACUGGCCCACACCCAGGGAGUUGGUAGAAGCCUGCAUCUCACUCUCUGGCAUAGGAGCCUCUCUGGUUCUCUGCUAAGGUCGCUUGCCCUCACCGAUGCCCCGGUAGCCACUACUUGACUCCUGAGUUCUGCCCCUCCACUCUGUGCCCUCCCCAAGGGCACCUGCAUGCACUGGGAGUGGGCAGCCAGCCUAGCCAUCAGGGCAAGAGCCCUCUGCCACGCGCUUUGUGCCUCCAAAACUCCCCCACCUUGGCUGGGGCCUCAGACCAGCCAUCCUUGGUGGAGCACCCCUACCCCAGCUGAACCAAACCCAAAUGCCUGAGGCCUCGCUGGGGCUGCCCCAUAGGACACUGGGGUGGUGCCAUGGAGAGACAGGGGAUAAAACUGAUCCAAAGUGAAGCCAGGACUGGCCACGGACCCAGCCUCCUGCGCCGUGCACUCAUGGAGCUCCAUAUGUCUCCUUAGCAACAGUCGAAGCUCUGCUGAGAAAAUAAAUGUAUGAACUAUAUUUGACAACAUAAAAUCCAUAUAUUUUUCACCAUUGGCAUUUAGUCCAACUUCGCAGCCCCUCUGUUCCAUGUCUUGCUGUCUGGGCCUUCUUGUCGUGUCUCGUGUUUUGGUGGACUUGGGCAGGGCUAGGACUGUGGUCCGCUCUGCUCCUGCUGCUGGAGAAGCCAUUGUAAAGCGUCCAGGUCUGUGGAGGCAGUAAGUGAAGCUGACCAUUCACCCUGCUCCUGCUCUGACCCUUGCCCUGCCUCGCCUACAGCAGGGGUCCUCUUUUGUGAGUUCUGCCUAUCAGAAGGGCUCUGCUCCUUGCCAGUGGAGUGAGCAGGUCAUUACCCAGCCCUUGGAUGACCCUGGAUCCCUGCAGGCUGGGGUACAGGUCCUGCUCCUAAGUGUAUAUAAGCCCAGAGUCCCGUACCCGUGCAGAGGGGUUGUGAUGCCUGCGCAAUCCCAGGAAGUGGGCUUGGACGUAGACACUUCAGCAGCCUGCUGGUUCCAGAUCUGGAGGAGGAGGCUGAGAACAAGGUGGGACUGGGCCAGGCUCCCCCUUUGAUGCUCAUCCCCAAAGCUCCCCCUUUCCUCCCAUUUGGCCAGCCCCCAUAGGCUGCAAUUUGCCCUCUUGCCCUUGGCUCCUGGAGCAGAAAUGUUUAGGGUGCUCCUUUCCCCGCCUCCAGUCAGAGCUAACAAGGUCUUGAGGAAGUGUCCCCGGGAACUACCUUCUAUAGCUACUGAACCCUUGGAGUGCAGUGGCUUGAAGUAGUAGCUCCUUAGUUCUGGAGCCCUCUGUCAGGGCUCAGUGAGGACUUGUAAACAGAGGCAGCCUUGAGCAGAGUUCACAACCAAUGUCUUCAAGCAGGUAGCAUACAUAGCUCUUCACUGAGACCCCUUCCCACCUGCACAGGCAUCGGACAGCAGAUCCCAGGCUCGAGGGCCAGAGGCUGUUGAGGGCCUCCAUCCAGGGCACUCACAGCCCCUCUGAACUAGGUGACAACACGAAUAGGCCACCGUGCACUCUCACAUCAGGCUAUUCCCUUGACAGAAACUUCAGGGGACACAGGAGGGGGGCCGGGGGAGGGGUCUUGACUCUCCUUUGUCUUUUUGUUCGGACAGAGUUGUGCCUGUAGCAGACAGCUCUGAAUUAAAGCAUGA